UAUUUGGCGACGCCCUCUGUUUGGCUCUAGAGCUAGUCAGGUUUAGUUAGCUGCAGUUCUUCGGUUAGGAUUUCGAGCUAGAGCAGAUGUAGAUAUUAACUAGAAUAUUAAAACUAAUAAACGGGAAACUAGUGUACGGAACGGUUCGACGGGAUGUUAUGAUAGUUUUCUAGAGGAUGUCAGCGAUUUAAAAUGUUCAAAAUAUCUAUUUUUACCGUUAGCUAGCUAGCUCACUUAGCUAAUAAACCGGUUAGUCAUAUGAGCUGACUAGUUGACUCCAUAUGAGCUGACUAGCUCCUGUUGUUUUAUAGAUAAUUAUUAUUUAUAAUCUGUUUAUCUUUCUUUCUGGGGUUUUUCUUUUUCUUUCUAGCAAACUAUAUACACUUUCUGGAUAAUCCGGCGGGGUUUUUUUUUUGUUUGUUUGUUUGUUUUGCAGUUAGUUUUUGCUCCGAGUUUGCUAUAGAAGAACCAUACACAAUAUAUAACAUAUAUAUAUAAUAAAUAUAAUAAAUAUAUAAUAGUAAGCUGUAAUUAGCAUUAGUGUAGUUAUUUAGUUUGUUUUUCUCAUCAUCAUGGCUGCAGAACUUCAAGCCAAAUACACCAAACUGGCUCAAGAGUACUCAAAGCUCCGAGCACAGAAUCAGGUCCUGAAGAAGGCGGUGGUGGACGAGCAAGCCAGUUCUAACUCGCUGAAGGACGAGGUGAAGCAGCGCGAACAGAGCCUGCGUAAAGCCGAGCAGGAGAUGGACAGCCUGAGCUUCAGGAACCAGCAGCUGGCCAAAAGAGUGGAGCUGCUGCAGGAGGAGCUGCAGGUCACCGAGGCCAAGAGUAAAAAGGGCAAGAAUAAAGGAGAUUCUCCGUCCCAGCCCAGUUACCAGACGCAGAACGUGUUUGACGAGGACCUGCAGAAGAAGAUUCAGGAGAACGAAAGGCUUCACAUCCAGUUCUACGAGGCGGACGAGCAGCACCGUCAGCAGGAGGCUCGGCUCCGAGUGAGACUGGAGCAGCUGGAGAAAGAUGCGGAGCAGCACCAGGCCGUGGUGGACGGUCUCGCCUCCAAAUACAUGGACACCAUCGAGAAACUACAGAGCGACAAGGCUCGCCUAGAGGUUAUGGUUCAGACACUGGAGAGAGAGACCAAGGAGUGCCGACUCAGGACCGAGGAAUGCCAGCAGCAGCUGAGGAAAUAUCAGACCGAGCUGAGCACUCAGCUAAAACACAACAGCAGUGUGAUCCAGGAGAAAGUUCCCUUCAACGACACCAAAUACAGUGACUACAACAGCUUAAACGUUCCCCCGCACAACAGAAGACAUCAGCUGAAAGCUCGAGAUGCAGCAGGACAGGCCGUGGGCUUCGUGCAGGAUCUCGUCUCUGCUCUGCUCAACUUUCACUCGUACACAGAGCAGAGGGUUCACAUUUACCCCCUGGACUCAUCUAUCGAACCCGUCUCACCUCUCAAUCAGAAGUUCUCUCAGUAUCUGCAUGAGAACGCCGCCUACGUGCGCCCCCUGGAGGACGCCAUGCUGCAGCUGCAUGAGAGCAUCACGGAGGACACGGUUACAGUACUGGAGACGGUGGGGAAACUGCAGGACUUUUCCAGAUCUUUCUCCACUUACACAAAGUUUCUGCAGAAGAUCCUGCCUUAUCAGCUAAAAAGUUUGGAGGAAGAGUGUGACGUCCCUCUCUGCACAGCGCCCCUGAGCGCUAAGAACCGUGAGUUACAGAGCGAUAUGAAGCGAGUGACCGCUGUGUUUGAGAAGCUGCAGAGCUACAUCGGUCUCUUGGCCUUGCCUAGUGUGCGUUUGGACGCCGUGCCUCAGAGCAGCUCCAGCGCAGUCUUCACCCAGCUCGCUGCGUGUUUACACGGCCUGCACGAUGCCACCAAGGAGCUGUUCAAGCAUUACAGUCAGAAGGUGGCCCUUGAGCAAGAGCUGCCUAACAUCACUCAGAAGCUGCGCACCACUAACGAGUGUUUACUCUCCUCCCUGGCCUCCCUCAGCAACAUCACGAAGAAGAUCGCAACGUUCUUCAGCAACAAUCUGGACUUUUUCAUCUCCUCGGCCGGGUACGGGCCCAGAGGCGGAACCGGAAGCCUGAACCCUCAGCAGGCACACAGCAUGCUCAGUAACAAAAAGCACGCAUCCGACUACAUGCUGGCGCUCAGGAGGGCGCCUCCUGAGUCUGUUCCGUACACCGAGGCUCUGUCUAACCGGCGCAUCCUCACCAGCUCCACGGAGAGCAGAGAGGGCCUCAUGCAGCAGGUGCAGCAGAGUCAGGAGAAAAUCGCUCGUCUGGAGCAGGAGAAGGAGCACUGGCUGCUGGAGGCUCAGCUGGGCCGAGUACGACUGGAGAAGGAGAAUCAACGCAUAGCUGAUCUGGAGGCCAGACUCUCCUCAGCCCUCGGAGACGGCAUCGCCGCACCCGCACACACCGACCCGGUCUCUACAGGACCAGCUGAGCCAGAUAAAGACGAGAAUACGGGUCGAGACGCAUCUCAAAGCAGCAGUCUGGUUGGAAUGCUCACCACAACCCCGACCAAUGAGAGCGUUGGAGACGAAGAGUCUCGGGAACACCUGAUCAAAACCCAUUACAUGGCGCGAGUGGCCGAGCUCACCUCACAGCUGCAGAUGUCCGACAGCAAGGCCGUGCACUUUCACGCAGAGUGCCGAGCGCUGGCGAAACGUCUGGCUAUCGCAGAGAAAUCUCGAGAGACUCUCACAGAGGGGAUGAAGCAAGCCAAUCAGAACAUCACGUCCCUGCAGGAUGAACUGAGCACGACCAAGAGGAGCUACGAGGACCAGCUGAGUAUGAUGAGCGAUCAUCUCUGCAGCAUGAACGAAACCCUGAGCAAACAGCGCGAGGAGAUCGACACGCUCAAACUGGGAAACAAGGGAAACUCCAAGAAGAACAAGGGCCGGUAGUUUGGUUCGGAGUUGUUCAGCAUCGGCGUGAAGGAAGGAGGAUGUUGGGACCAGGCAGAUUUCUCUUACACACACACACACACACACACACACACACACACACACACACACACACACACACACACACACACACACACAAACACGAAAGAGAGACAUGGAAACAUGACGUGCUGCUCUGCUCAAACAUAACUGACCAAUCAUGACUUGGCUUCAUUCGUGUGUGUGUUUUUGUUUAUUUUUAACAACAGCUUGUGUGAGUGGUUAAAACUGACACCUUUAUCUUCGGCUAUUUUGCCAUUUUUCCAUGCAGAAAGAUUGUUAGUGAUUUUUUUUAUUUUAUUUUACAAACUAAAACAAAGGCCCAAAGAGUGCAGCCCAGCUGAACCAGCGUGUGUACUGAUCAUACUGCAACUGUAAUUUUGUCUGCACACACACACACACACACACACACGCACGCGCGCACAAUUCCUGACAUUUCAUCUUCACCAGUUCCUUAUCAUAAGUAUCAAAGUUUCCAUAGUUACCGAGGCCUAUAAAACGUGUCCUUCUAUCCUUAAAGUUUUACUCUUCCGGUAUAGGAAAUAACAUUAAAGGUGCGGUCAGUGAUUUUUAUUUUAUUUUUAUUUUUUUUUAUAAAGAUGAAGUCAGCCCUUUUUUGUAAUAUUUCUCAAAGCUCUGCUCACAUUGCAGAGGCGUCUCCACUCUCCCUACAGUCAUGCUUCUUGUUUCUUCUUUGUGUCCGAGUUGUUGAUUUUCUGACACGAAAUAGCUUAUUACACCUUUAACGGUUUUGAAACAGGUUAGUCUGUACUGUUUUUGAUAAACCGCUCGAGGCUAAACGUGAUUCUCCUACCACGUCAGUUUUUAAAAAUAUUCGAGCCUUUUCCAUAACCGAAUAAUGUAACCCUUGCUCUGCGUUAUACGGCGUUUAUAAAAAGGUCGAGCGGCCGAUGUACAGAAAUCUGGAACGUCGUUGUACAGUUACGAUCGAGUGAAUACGAUUUUUCUUCCACUAAUCGCUAACGUAUACGUGGCGAUAUUCUCGUGACGUGAAAUCCGUUCGUCAAACACACGCCGAUGUACAAGUCCCCACUCUCUCGGUCCCCGUUAUCAGGAGCGCGUUUAUCCGGAAUACCUGAUGCUGAUCGCUGUACUCGCGUAGCACAGGGUGACUUCUACGGCUAGAUCAUUUCAUUGUGUAGCUCUGCAAAAUAUCGUAACUAUUUUACAACGAUUAAUACGUAUUAUGCGACCCGAGCGAGAGAUCACACACACACGCUUAUACACGCUUAUGAAUCCAGUACAGGAGACUAGUCCGUACCUCGGUAGUACUUCAGCAUGUAGCCGGAGAUUAUAAUCAGUGAUGUAGAGAGCUGUGAAGACAGAAGCUCUCACUGUGAUUAGGUGUGAAUGAUAAAAUGUUAUAAAUAUGCACUGGGCAGAUUUUUCUGCGAGGGGAAAAAAAUUGGAAAACACAAAACGUUAAUGUGAAUGUAUGUUCAAUUCAUAUCAUGUCUUAUGUUGAGUUGUUGUUGUUUUUUUUCUUCUGCCACCAAACUUUUAUACAACGGCUUUCUUUCAACCAGUGAAAUCAGUGUUUACGUAAAAUUUAUGUACAGAUACAUAUCAGCUGAGAAAAAGACAUCAGGCAAACCCGACACUCCGUUUUAAACAUGUCUAUCCAUGAUUAACAAAUCCUGAACUUUCUUUUUUUUUUUGUUUUUUUAAACAAACGGUCGUGAAUCACCGGUGAUCCACGUAGUUGCUUCUCUUCAAGUUUACAAUCGUGUAUUGUUCGGAGCAAGACUCGAGCAAGAACUGCGAACGAUUUGCCCAUUUAAUCUACACCACGCACUGAUCGUAUGCCAAAACCAUGUAAAUGAAACAUGUGACAUGAAUAAUAAAACUCGUGUAUAUGAACGGUA